CGCCAAACUAUCAAGGAUGUUUUCAGAUGACGAGGUCCGGGCUCUCAUCGAGCUACAAUGCAACUUCAUACCCUCUGUGACGUCUCUGCAACGUUCCGGUGAGGGAGGCGAGCACCAAGCGUGGAUUAUCAACGACUCCUAUGUCGUACGUGUGCGGGACGAUGAAGACGGGUAUGAGCUCUUACAAAGAGAGGCCUUGCUCCUAGAGUCGUUGAGAUCUACAGCAACAAGAAACGGUCUAGACCAGAGAAUCAUACCGUCGUGCCUCGUCACUGGGCAACACAAAGGCGUUGCGUUUGGAGUGUAUGACAAGAUCCGCGGCAUAUCGGUAGAAGAAGUCCCCGAAGCGGUCAGCCAGCAUACAGAAGAGGGGCUUGUAUCGGUACUUUACCUAUUACGGAAGAUGUCGCUCGAUGGGGCAAGAGCUUUGAAACUCCUGGAUGAGGACCCUAUUGAUAUGCCGCAACUACGACGUGAUGCGCUCGUUGCGUGGGAGCGGCUGAUUUCCAAGGAGCAGUGGCCACCUCACUCGAAAUUGGGGCAAUUAUUGCAAAUAGACGAGACGUCUCCUGACGAACAUGUGCAUAUAGUCCAACAUGCAGACCUGAAAGGCGAGCAUAUUUUUGUCAACCCCGACACAGGCCGUCUCACAGGCAUCAUUGACUGGAGCGACGCCCAAAUCGGGGAUCCUAGUGUUGACAUUGGUGGUAUAGCGAUUUCUAUUGGCGCCGUGGCUGCUAUGCGUAUCGGCAAGCAUGCAGGCUAUUCUAACCCGACAAUUCAGCGUGGUCUUGUAGUUGCGCGGUGCAAUGCGAUUCUUUUGCUGGACGAGACGCUCAAUGUUGGCACUGACUGUCCAAUCUGGCUGUUAAAGAGACAGCUGCAGCGUGCUAUGGAAGAAGAGUCAGGCAAUAUUAAUUAGCUUAUUACUAAUUAUAAUAUCAAUUUGUGAAUACAUUAAUGAUGCAUCUGGGUGGGAGAAGACCUGACCAAGGUGUGUUUUAUCAAGUCUGUGGUACACGAGAUGCUGCCAACUGCACCAGCUGCGCCAGUUGUGUUACACUGCGUCAUCACCACCGCCAGCUGUCAAUUAAUUAUUUUAAAAUCAACACCUUCCAUCGUCUACAUAUUUCGUCCUUG